AUGUAUUUAUAUAAGUAUAUUUUUAUGGAAAAUUAUAUAAUUGAAUUUUUUUUUUUGUUAAAAUUUUUUAUAUUUAAUUUUAGUAGAACUAAAAAAUAUUACUUUUAUAAAUACAUAAUUUUUUUAUUUUAUUUAAAAAAUCUUUUGUAUGCAAAAAAAUGGGAAAAUAAUAAAAAAGGAAAUUUUCUUUUUCUUAGAAAUAUUAAUGUUAAAAAAGAAAAAAUUUUAUUGAAGAAUGAUAGAAAUGUUAAUAAUAUAUCUCUCUUAAAAGAAAGGUAUAGAAAAGGAAAUAAGAAUAUUGUGUUUAUUGAAAAGGGAGUAAAUGAUGAAAAUAAAAUAUAUUAUGUAAAAGAUUGUCUUAAUAAAAAUGUAAAAGAAAUAAAAUAUAUAAGUGAUCUUCAGAAAAGUUUUAUCUACUUAAUAGAAAGAAACAAUAAUAUGUUAUUACAUGCGAAAACAUCUAGUGGAAAAACUACUAUUUGCUUAUUUUAUUUUAUUUUAAAAUUUUAUUAUAAUUGUGAGUUCAUAUUUUAUGAAGAUAUAGAAAGAGAGAAAUAUAUGAAUAACGAAUAUUUUGAAGACAGUCUAUAUGGUAUAAAUAAUUAUAAAAAACCUUUUCCAAAAAAUAAACUAAUGCAUAUACCUUAUAGUGAAAGGUAUUCAGAAAUUUCUGACAUUAAAGAAAAUAAAGAUAUACUGAUGGAAAAAAAAUCAAAUAUUAAAUUAAAAAAUGAAAAAAUUCUUAUAUUAUGCUCUUCAAAAGAAUUAUGUGUUCAAAUUUCACAAAACAUAUUAUCUUUUAUAAAUAAUAAAAAUUCGAAUAUAAUUAAAUUAUUUAUUGAUAAGCAAUGUGAAUAUAACAAAGAAGGAAAAGAUAUAAAAAAAGAAAAGGAAAAGAAUGAAGAAGAAAAUUAUAACUUUAAAGUUGAAAGUACUGAACAUAAUCAAAUUUCUAAUCCUUUAAAAAAAAUGAACAAAAAUAUAAAUAGUGAAAAUAAUGAAAAAGGGACAAAUAAAAGGAAAAUAAAUGAAAAUAGUAGAUCAGAUAUAAAUAAUAAUUUAAAAAUAAAUAAGGAAUUAAUUAUAAAUAAUAUGUUAAAAGAAAAGAAUGAGUUAAAAAAUGUUCUUUUUCUUAUAGGAACACCCAUUUGUUUUAAAAAUUACCUUUUAAAUUUAGAAAAGGAAAAUUUAAAAGAGUUUUUAAAAAGCAUUAAAUAUAUUUUUUUUGAUGAGAUAGAUAAACUCUUUCCAUCAUUAAAAAAACACAAUCUUAUAAGAUCAAAAGAUAAUAUAAAAAAAAAAACUGCUUAUUUAAUAUUAGAGACGAUAAUGUAUAUUAAUAAAAAAAAUUUAAUUUUUAUUGGAUGUUCUAGUACUUUAAAUAGAGAAUUACACAGGAAGAUAUUUAAGUUAUUAUCUUUGAAUAGAAAUAAUUCAAAAAAAAAAAUUUUCUUAUUAAGAGAAAAAAACAAUUUAUUAAAAACAGAAAAUAACCGAGAUAAUAACCCAAUUAAAAUUAAUUCAUUUAACUUCGAUGAAAAAACAAAAAAUAAAUUAAAUGAAAAUGAUGAAAAAUAUACGAAGAAAGAAAAUACUUUAGAAAAUAAUCAGAUCAAUGAAAUAGGAGAAUCUGAUUCGAAUGCAUUUGAUUUUAAUAAUUACAUAAAUAAUGAAAACGUAUUUCAGAAAUAUGUGAUAAAGGUAAGAAUUCCCAACAGUAUUUAUCAUUUUUAUUAUGUGAUAAAUAAUGAAUUAUUUGAAAAUAGAAUAAAAGAAACUUACAAAAUAAUAGAACACUUUUCUCAACAAAAAAUUUUAAUUUUAAUUAAAAAUGGAUAUUCUUUAAUGAAAAUGAAACAAAUUUUGGAGGAAAAAAAUAUAUUUUGCAUUUUAUUACAUGAAAAAUUACAAAUAUCUUUAAAAGAAAAUAAUAAACAUCUAAACAAACUAUGUAGUAAUUAUGAAGAAAUAAAAAAUAUAAAAGAAAUUUCUACGAAUGAAAAAAAAGAAUUCAUAAAUAAGUUUCCUGUUAUUAUAAGUUCUUUUGAUUCAAUUCGUGGUUUUCAUAUAAAUAAUUUAGAUAUAGUUCUUUUAUGUAAUAAACCGAAAAAUAUAAAUGAGUAUAUUCAUUUGUGUGGGAGAGUAGGAAGAAGAAAUAAAAUUGGAUAUUCAAUCAUGUUAGAAAAUGAAAAAAAUAUAAAUAUUGUCAAAAAAUGGUUAGUCAAUAUAGAAGUGAAUUUUAAUAAUUUAAUUUUAAAUAAUAGUUCCGUAAAACAAGAAAAAGUUGUUGAUGAAGAGAAAACAAGGAAUAAAAACGAUUUAAAUUAUCUUGUAUCGAAUGUGUUAGAAGAAUUAAAAGAAGAUAUAUGA